CAGACAGGAGUUCAGCGUUCAGGCUCGCUGGAAUCUUCGCCGAGGCUCAAGAUACGCUCAGGCUGGCUGGCGGGUUUGGUGACCAGUUCACCUUGAGUUACUGUCGCAAUCGCAUCACGUUCCGCGUCUCGUACCCAAAUCUCGUCGCGCGUCUCUCUCACCCAUCUGCCAUGUACAACGCAGCCAUUCUGUUGAGUGCCGGAAUUGUCGUCGUCGGGAUAUGGACGCUCUACAAGAAAGCUAUCGUCAAGUCAAUGGUAAAGACCCUACCCAGCCUUACACCGGCAUCGUGGUUCUAUGGCAAUAUGCAGCAGCUUCUGGGUUACGAAGCUGGACCGUUACACGAUAACAUUGUAUGCAUGGGAUCUGUCGUCAAAGUGCAUGGACUCAUGGGGGAUGAGCAGCUGUAUGUGUCCGAUACUCGGGCUCUGUAUCACAUCCUGGUGAAAGAUCAGGACCUUUUCGAAGAGAGUUUAGGCGUUGUCGAGUCAUCGAGAUUGUUCUAUGGGCAAGGCCUGAUAGGAAGCGUCGGGGAACAGCAUAAAAGGCAGCGCAAGUUGCUCAAUCCUGUCUUUUCGACGUCAAAUCUCCGCCAGAUGAAGCCCGUGUUCUCUCAGGUCACCGAACAGCUACGCGCUGGCAUCACGAAACUCGUCCAGAACGGCGAAACUGUUGUCGACGUCUUGGACUGGUCUUCUAGAUCCGCGCUCGAAUACAUUGGAGUAGGAGGGCUAGGGCACUCAUUCGGCGCAUUAGGAGAGAACGCGGAUAACGUAUACAGUCACGCUGCGGAAAGCCUCCUCCCUAACGCGUUCCCGUAUUUCCCGCUGAUACAGUUUCUUCCGGCGCUGACGACCCCGCUCCCCGCUAAGAUAAGGAGGUGGAUUGUGGAAUUGCUUCCUAUUCGCGAGGUCCAAGAGCUGAAAUAUGUCAUCGAUACCAUGGAGAAGACCAGCGUCGAUAUAUACAGGAAGAGAAAACGGGCGCUCCUGAGCGGCGAUGGUGACAUGAAGGAGACUCUGACGAACGGGAAGGACAUACUCUCGAUCCUCAGUGGGUGGCGUUGUUCACGUCCCGUGUCAUGGCUGAAGCCCAGUGAAAACAACGGAUUUUGAGAGCGUAUUGUACAGGAUAUCCCAGGAGAAAUCACAGGAUAAGCGGAAGAAGCACCAGAGUGAAGCGGCCUCGCAGGACCUCGCUAUCAUCCGGAGGCACCUGCAAUCAUCCACGAUUUUGAGACUAAGUUACAUAGCCACUGCUUCGCAACAGAGCGCCAAGGAAUCCUUCAGUAUCUUUCCGGUUCUCCCGGAUACCUCGUGGGGGAUCACUUGUGUAAGCGUAGCAUGAAUGUCGCGUACCGUACAGAUUGUCAGCGGAUGCCGAAGCACAAACAUUCGAGCACAUCCG